GAUCAUUGCUGAACGAUUACGUCCGGGAUGACUAUUCCGUCGAUGAUCGCGCGUAUCAUGCACUCUAUAGCUUGCCAGCACCAGCAGGUCCAUUUUUGGCGCGAAAGGUAAUGCGGAACGACUGUCAGUUGACAGCGAAUUUGGAGCUGCUUACUCACCGAGCUUCACUUUCAAAACCAACGAAAACUGGUCCAUAAAGAGAUAAUCUAUGCACAUAAAAGUCGGCGUGCACGUUCACAAUUUUGUUGAAAGGAAAGAAGAGACGUACUCUAAUUAGGACAUAGACUGGAAGAAUUUUUAUUUAUCGUUUAGUACCAACGGGAAUAAAUUAUUCUUGAUUCUCACGAUGAUCUGAUGAACUUGAAACUGGCUUACGUGCCCUUAGUAGUAAGACUUGUUCUGUUCAGAGAGAGAACUCCGUUUCCUGGCGUCAUUUAAGUGAACGUGGUCGCCGUCGAGCGUAGGCGAGACCCAUCGAAGGAUAGUCAGGGGCACGCGUAGGCAAAAUUUGAAGUGGGGUCGAAGGCUAAGAAAGGUGGGGCCCUCCUUGUGUUACAAUCAUGAUCAUCUCCGCGUUCACCGAGAACUCAGUCUGUUUGUUUUCGUUGCGGAGCACGGCCAGAUUUCAAUCGAGGUCACUCAAAAAGUCAUGGCUCACCAGCGAGCUGCAGUUCUGCUAAUUUUCUCAUUCGUUGCCAUCGUCAAUGGCGGAUAUUACCAGUCAAGAAUAUUGACAUCUGGAGAUGUCAGCACUUGCGAGUCUUAUACCUGUGGAGCGAAUGCAAGAUGCACACUCAGCGAGGGCAGGCCAGUUUGCUCCUGCAUGAAUCUACACAUGGGAGAUCCUCUUUCGCGUUGCAUCAGAGUUGAAUGUCAGAUAAACGAAGACUGCAGUGGCAGUAAGGUCUGCACGAACAAUAGGUGCGUGAAUCCUUGCGACAGUCUUUGCGGCGUGAACGCUGUCUGCGAAACAAGAGAUCAUGUGCCAACGUGUUAUUGUCCACCUGGACAGACCGGUGAUCCUUUCACAACUUGCCGCAUAGCUGAUCCACAAGCUGCCUGUAAGCCGAAUCCAUGUGGACUGAAUACGAAAUGCGAGGUAGUAAACGAGGUGACAGUCUGCAGUUGCUUGCCAGGAUACGUGGGAUCUCCUUUAACCGGUUGUCGUCACGAAUGCGAGAACGACAGCGAAUGUCCAAGUCACCUUGCUUGCUCAGCCAACUUCCGGUGUGAGAGUCCGUGUAAGUGUGGCUCGAACGCUGAGUGUAAGGUGGUUAAUCAUCAGGCAGUGUGUAGCUGUCCGAAGAAUUGGUUGGGCAAUCCUUUGCUGUCGUGCCGGCCGGAAUGCACCUCGCAUUCAGAGUGCCCGCCGAACAAACCUGCCUGUCUCUAUCAGAGAUGCAUGAACCCCUGCGAUGGAGUGUGCGGUGUGAACGCCGAUUGCAAUCUGAGAGGUAUUACUCCAGUCUGCAGUUGUCCGAAACACAUGACUGGCAAUCCAUUCGUCAGCUGCAGGCUAUUCGAAGCAAGAGACUUAUGCGAACCGAAUCCAUGCGGAGCGAAUGCUAUUUGCACACCAGGACACGAUAAUACGGGAAAAGAAAGACCUGUGUGUACAUGCCCCACUGGUUACAUUGGCAACGCGUUGGUCAGCUGCCAAAGGGGCGAGUGCUUCACGGACAGCGAAUGCUCCGACAGUAAAGCGUGCAUAGAUUUUACGUGCCAAAAUCCUUGCACCGGUAAAGAGUGCGGGCCAACUGCAUCCUGCACUCCCAGACGCCAUAUCGCUGUGUGUACCUGUCCGAGUGGCACGCGAGGGGAUGCGCUCUAUACCUGCAACCCCAUAGACGGCAGAUCUUUUUACAACUAUGGUCGACAAUACAGAUACCGUCAGUACUAGUCAACAGGAAGACAAUAUAUUAGACUAUAAUUAGACGUAAUUAGUAAACUGCGUCCGCUUAUUAUUGCUUCCGUCAAGAGUCUAUUUAAUAAAUGAAACCACAUAAAUGUUGGUACGCAGUCUUAUCUCAGGCUAGUACCGCAUUCGCAUCGAGAUAAACAAGCUCUCGUGAUUAAUCAUUAACGGAUCUUGCGUCAUGUAUGCGAACUUAUUCCUGCGAUCAAGUGUGCGGAAUAGUUCUUAUUCAGCGUACCUCCUUCCAAUCGUAUUUGUUAUCGUGAUAACGCAAUACAAAGCGCCUUAAUACUUCAA